AUGGAACAAAAUGAAGAGAAUGAAGUUCCAACUGAUAUUGAUGAACAAGAACUUUCAGUGAUGGAAGAGGGUAAAGAAACGAAAGUUGCUUUACUACAUAAUAAUCCCAAACUGGUACAUGUAACUCUCAGUGGGUGCUUGGGCAUAACAGACGCAGCUUUGCAACCAUUAAUCGUUUCAUGUCAUAGUUUACGCAGCCUUCGGAUGCAAGGAUGCCAUUGGUUAGGUGCAGGAUGUGUUGAAGCUCUGGCUUUACACCAGAAGAAUUUGGAAGAGGUAGACUUCACAUCAUGUUGGGCUUUAGGAGAUUCCUGUCUUGUGCCAUUUCUUCAAAACUUCUCAAAGUUGCGUGUCCUCUGCAUUGCCAACAUUUAUUCUGUAACUGAUGCUACAUUAUAUGCUGCUGCUGGCAAUUGCCCAUUUCUUGAACAUUUAAAUGUAAGAGGGUGCUGGCGUGUUACAGAUAAUGGUAUAAGAGUUGUUGGUGAAUACUGCCGAAACCUGUCUUCCCUGCUAGUCAGUGACUGUGUGUAUGUUAGUGAAGAGAGUCUGGGUACACUCCGUCAGCGCCUGUAUGUGGAUAAACCACAUUAUUCUCAUUAUUAUCAACUCAUGAAUGCUCAGCCACCACCAUUACUUCUUAAUUUACAAAUAUAAAUUUAAAUCUUUUAAUUUUAUGAUGUGUGAUAUAAAGUCAGAAAUAUAUUUAUUAAAAAGUGUGUUUGGGCAAUCUUUAACAUAAUAGGUAAAUUUGUUUUCAAUCAACCUUCCUGGAAAAUAUCUCAUUUCAAAUUUUUAGAGAAAGGUUUCUAAGACCUUGACCAGUAUUUUCAAAGAUAUUUACCUCUGCCAUUCUGACAUGCAUGCCUAUCAAUAAUGUGAUAAACAGGGCCUGAAUUGAGUUGUCCAAAAAAUGUUGAAAGAUUUAUAAAACGAUGACAAACUGGUGAGAUAACAGCAAAAGAAGUGAUAAUACCAGUUUUCUCACUGAAAUAUUUUGUGAAUAUGUAUGUAAUACAUAUUGUGUAGAAAACAGUUUAGGAAUGGGAUUAAUAAAUUAAAAUGAAAAUAACACAAUGACACAGAAACAACAACAUACGACUGAGUAUAUUGUAAUUCUUCUUUGUCUAAUAUUCCAUUUCCUUCUUUGAUGGCAUAACGAGUUUUAUUUAUAUUAAGCAAAUAAAUACCGUCAUUGUUACAUUAUGUAUUUCCAAGUUAAAGCGAUGACAUGUGCAAUGUUAAAGGUAAAAAUACUUGCAAAGACAUGUAUAAUAACUCCUGUUUGUGCAAAAUGAAGAAAAUGUGACAUUGAAACAAGAAAAGAGUUUUUUGAAAUGCUAAAAUGAAGACAGAAAAUUAAAGAUGACUUGAAACAAAAAAAAAAAGGUAUGUAAUUAUAAAUAAUGAAAUCAAGGUAUGAAACCAUAAUCAAAUGGACCUGAUCACAUUUGGUCGCUAGGUGCACAGUGUCUCUACUAAUCAAAAGAUAAGGCCAUUAAAAAUGUUAAUUAUUUACUGAUAAUAAAGUUCACCAGAUAUUAAAACUGAGACAAGGAGAGAAUUGCCUGCAUUAUGUGCCACAUAGGAUUUAUAAAUGUAGUUAAAAUUUUUGAUCCUGGAAUGAUACAAGCAACUAAUUAAAACUGCUAAACAACUAUAUUUUUCAACACAAUUUUUAAAAAUUAAUUCACGUGGUGUCCCAUGACAAAGUCCUAGGUCUUUAGAAAAUUACUGGAUGGUAGAUUUGAUUGCUUCAAUAGCUUUUGUUACAAAAUUGACAGAAUGAUGGCUUCUUUGGUGUGUGCUGUGGACAUGGUAAAUAUUAAAAAUACUAUUUUCAAAUUCUGAAAAACUGUCAUUGUACUGCCUAUCCAAUGGAAAAACUGACUUGACAUUUUUGGGGAGAUGGUAAGCCUUAAUGCCAAUAUUCCUUACUUCCUACCUUCGACUUUGGACUGAGGUGGUUUAUCUAUGUUUUAUCUAUUGUCACAAACUUUUUCAAAAAUUCUCCAAUAUUUUGAUCAACUUUUAACAUUUUUGGGAUCUUAUUCAUGGGUUCAAUUUAUUACACACACACUACAGUAAACAUGUUGUUCUAUUAUAAACUUUGCCGUAAGUCUUCAAACAUUUGAAACAUGUCACUUGGACCAAAUCAACAUUCUCUUAAAUUAUUUUUGGUGUGCUGGCUCCUGUGCUGAGUGCAUGAUAACAGGACUCUCUUUUUAAUUUAAAAUUCUGAUAUCGAUCUAUUAUUGAUUUAAAGGAACUGUUAGCCUGAUUUAAUGAAUUCCUUGAGGUAAUAUUUCAGUUUGCAGUACUUUAUAAUAGUUCUUAUUUCAAUUUUACUUACAUGUGUAUAAAUAAGCACACUCCUUCAGAUUAAAAUUAUGGAUCAACUUAGACCCUUUGUAGUUGCCGAAAUACCAACAACUGACAUGCCAGGUAGUAACAUUCUUAAUUUUCUUACAAAGUUCUAAUGUAUCAGAAACAUCAAAUUUUGAUCUCUCUUUGUAAGCAAAACAUAGGUUAAGAGCAUUGUCUGCCUUGUGAGGAUGAAGUAGACACACAGAAAUAAAAAACUAGCUCAAAGGAAAAAAACAAACUCUUUAAUAUAAUUCCCAAUAAUGUGGAUGGAUUUUCCAUGCUGCUUGAAUUGUUUAAUUAUUUGCAAUGUGGGUAAAUCUAAAUGUGCACGAUGUGAUCAGAGCACAUAUACCAUAUAUGGUAUUUCAGUUUGCUCAAUGGCAGAAAAAUAUGAUUUACAAUACAACACCCUUAAAUUUAGAUAUUAAAAUAUUGCAAUAAGUGAGUGAAUUUAAAUAACCUUAGAAGCAUUAGUUUGAUGUCAGGGUGAGGUCAAGGAUUUGAAAAUGAAAACAAAUAUUUAAGGAAGUAUUAAAAUUGAAGAAAUUUUUGAGCCAAUUCUUGUUUUUAUUGUCCUACAUUUAUUUGAUGAUUUUAUUUAGAGAUAUCAGUGGUAUUUAAAAUAAAUCAUUCAAUGUUUCCAUUGAAAUCGUAAAUGAAAAAAAAAAAAAAAAAAUUAUAUUGUGCCUUUUCAUAAUAUUAACAUUUUCUGUGAAGUGUUUUGAACAAACACUUCUUCUCUUUGUUCUCAGUUACUAAGGUAUAUACAGCUUCAAUACCAUGGUUCUGACCCUAAACUUCAUUGAAUGGUUGCUUAUUUAAGUAUUUUUGUAUUCUAAAAUAUUAUUGAGUAGUAGUGAUAUGAAAAUAUGUACGAUAUUGUUCAUUGAAUAGAAACAAACAGCCUCUAUGUUAAUUACUACCACAGAAAGUAUUAACAUUCAUCUUAGUCUUGUUUGUAGUGAAACGAGUUAAGAUUUUUCUUAACUCAAAAAACCAUAUGACAAUUACUAAGUAAUUUUUUUUUAACAUUCGCCCUUAAAUUAUGUACUUGACAAACUUGUCAAGGAAAUUUAUUUUCGGUAUUAUGUGAUUUUAUUCAUAACAUUCCAAUUUUGACUUUUUUUUCUUAAAGUGCCUUUGAGAGGACUUCCCUUUGAUACUCUUCAUGUUUAUGAAUGUUGAUGUUUUUACAAAUUAAAUUGCAUUUUAAUGGACUGUUCUAGAGAAAUUUCAAAUUGACAUGAUCAUUUGGCUUGUAGUUAAUUUAUUUUAUCUAAAAGAUAACUGUAUGCAAAAAGUGUUGAUUUUUAAAAUAAAAUUAGUAAAUAAACUCAUUUAAAAUAUAACUUUUGAGAAAUGUUACUUAUACUUUAAUUAAAAUCUAAAGUAUAUUGUUAAUUUGAUAGUUGUAACCAUUAUUAUCAUUUUAAUCUUAAAAGAAAUUGACAAAAUUAUUAACUUGUAAUCAUAAUCUGGGCGUACAAGACUAUAGUUUACACAUUCUUCAGUACAUGCAACAAAUUGCGUAAAAUUUGUGAUGGCAAAUAGUUUGAAAAGUUCAAAAAAUCCUAUGGAAAUGGAAUGGUCUAUGAAAAUUAAUUUUGUAUCUUGUCUUUUCAACAACAAAAGCUAUACUAACUUGUUUUAACAACUUGAAACUUAUAAACUGCAAAAUUGAAUAACCUGUCUUGUUGUUUUAUUUACUGAAUUUUGAGAGAAUAAAUAACCAGUUAUUAUAAUUCAGUAAAAUGAGCAUGAACAUGCAGCAGAUUCUCCAAAUUUUAUUGUUCCAUUACAGAUUUAAUUCAUACAGUGAAUAUCUACAUAACUUGUAUCUACCAAUUCUUUCAUCUUCAUGAAGUAUUGUAAAAUUUGCCUGUUGUUAUUGUGAUUGUUGUUCAUAAUGAUCACAAAUUGUAUUGAAAUAAGAUUCCAUUAAAGAUAUUAAUGUUCACAUGUUGCCUGUAAUCUUUUAUUAAUUUUUUGUAUUUUCUGUUUUUUGUUAACCCAUCCAUAUAAUGUUAAGGAAAGGUGAUAGUUUUAUAUGAUUUAUAAGAUGUCACACAACCCUGUUAAUAUGCUACUCUUG